AUGACACACAUACUAAUUGGAAUUGGCGGAAUACCAGCUCUAUCCCACUCUGGCUCAGAGGCUUGCCUGCGCAUGGGUAUUGCCAAGAAGGGAAUAGUCUCGGUGGGGAUUGGAGCUCUUUUCCACUCUCGGCGAUACUCUUGUCAAUGCAAGACUAAUUCCGAAAAGGGAUUAGCCUCCGCAAGGGCAACAUUUGUCGGAACAGAAAUUUAUUUCCACGCUGAUUUUACGUCACGGCCUCUUAAUGCACUCUGGAUUAAGAUACUUGGACCUCCAGGAUACUUUGCGGCACAUUCUCCCAAGGGGCAGGUUGCAAUUCAGCCAAUCGGCUACUUAAGCCACGUUGCCUUGACUCUUCAAUACGAUACCUGGAACUGUUCGCAAGCAGCAGUGACAUAG